CAUGGGACGCGGCGAGGUUACUUCCCGGAGUAUGUAGCAGUUCUAUUAAAAUCAAACACACCAAGCACUAUUCAGUAUCGUCUCCGACUUUCGCACACAAGUCGUUCAUUCGCUGAGCUUUCAGUAGUCAAGAGCCCCCGCAAGAAAGGCCCUAACGUGAAUGAAUUGCGCGACUUUAAACGGCUGAACCAACCUCAUUUUUACUCCCAUGGCCUCCUCCUUUCGCAGGCUUGUCUCCAUCUGUUCUUCCUCCAUUAAAAGGACCGCAUGCUCGGCUUCUGGAGUUGGAGAAGGGCUUGGAGGAAGCAAGCUUCGAGGUUAUAGUGCGAUUGCUUCGUCCCGGCAAAUUGAAUUGAAGUCGAAUGAUGAAGCUCAGUCGAAUACCGCGGUAGUUGAUGAUGAAAUUGCGAAGAUCCAGCACGCCUUUGAUGCUGCGAGACAGGGCUUUCACAAGAUUCCUGAGGCGCUGAAGGAAACGCCUAAGAUGAAUCCGAAGGGCAUUUAUGUAAAUAAGAACUUAAGGUUGGACAACAUACAAGUUUAUGGCUUCGACUAUGAUUACACUUUAGCACAUUACUCUGCCGAUUUGCAGAGUUUGAUUUAUGAUCUUGCAAAGGAGCAUAUGGUUAACGAGCUUAGGUAUCCUGACAUAUGCAUGGACUUUGAAUAUGAUCCGACUUUUCCUAUUAGAGGCCUAUACUAUGAUAGGCUAAAAGGGUGUCUUUUGAAGUUGGAUUUCUUUGGGUCUAUUGAGCCAGAUGGGUGCUACUUUGGUCGUAACAAGCUCAGCAGGAAGGAAAUAAAAGAGAUAUACGGGACGCGGCACAUUGGCCGUGAUCAAGCCCGUGGGCUUGUGGGUUUGAUGGAUUUCUUCUGCUUUAGUGAGGCCUGCCUUAUUGCAGAUAUCGUGCAACAUUUUGUUGAUGCAAAGCUGGAAUUUGAUGCUUGCUACAUCUAUGAAGACGUAAAUCAUGCAAUUCAGCAUGUCCACCAUAGUGGCUUGGUUCACAGGGGAAUUCUUGCUGAUCCUUCUAGAUACCUAGUUAAAAAUGGGGAACUGCUGCGGUUUCUCAGGAUGCUAAAGAACAAGGGAAAGAAACUUUUCUUGCUGACAAAUUCUCCAUUUUAUUUCGUGGAUGGAGGAAUGAAUUUUAUGUUGGAGGAUUCUACGGGUUACAGAGACUCCUGGAGGGAGAUUUUUGAUGUUGUGAUUGCUAAGGCCAACAAGCCAGAGUUCUACACCUCUGAGCAUCCAUUCCGUUGUUAUGACACAGAGAAGGACACUUUAGCUUUCACCAAGGUGGAUUCUUUUCUCCCAAAUAAAAUAUACUACCAUGGAUGCCUCAAAUCUUUUCUCCAAAUAACCAAGUGGAACGGCCCAGAGGUAAUCUAUUUUGGAGAUCAUCUAUUUAGUGACUUGAGAGGACCCUCAAAGGCUGGUUGGCGCACUGCUGCCAUCAUCCAUGAACUUGAAAGCGAAAUACAUACACAAAAUGAGGAUAGCUACCGUUUUGAACAGGCAAAAUUUCACAUCAUACAGGAACUGCUGGGUAAAUUGCAUUCAACUUUACGUACCAGUCAGAGAAAUGCAAAGUACAAGUCACUAAUGGAGGAGCUUAAUGAAGAACGGCAGAAGGCAUGCAGCAUGAUGAAGAGAAUGUUCAAUAGAUCUUUUGGAGCUACAUUCCUCACUGACACGGGUCAAGAAUCUGCUUUUGCCUAUCACAUUCAUCAAUAUGCAGAUGUGUACACCAGCAAGCCAGAGAACUUCUUAUUCUAUCCUCCUGAAGCAUGGCUUCAUGUACCCUUUGAUAUCAAGAUCAUGCCGCAUCAUGUGAAAGUUCCAUCAACCUUGUUCAAAAAUCAAUAGAUAGCAUUCCUCAAGACAAAUGUGGAUGGGCUCGUUCACUGAUACUUGGGAUAGCGUUUGUCACCAGACAUGGCAGAUGAUGGUUGGUCGUUUAUUGAGGAUUUGCCAGCAGUAAAAAGGGGGAUUGGUAUGUUAAUUUUUCCAUCAUUUGGAUGGGAUCCAAAGGGCACCAAAAAUAGUCAUGUUAAUCUUGUAUCACAUUCAUGUCUUCUAGCGUUUCAAUCAUUUUUGUCGUCACAAACAAUAUUACUUGUGUACCAGCAUUAGUAUUUUUUGGAGUGGAAAAAGAGAACAAAUAAAAUUUCCAUAUUAGCGUCA